AUGGAGGAAAAGAUAAAGUAUCAGAAGAUUAUCAAACGCCCUAUGGACUUGCGGACUGUUGAGGAAAAUCUGGAGCUCUACCCUCGCCCUGUUGACUUCCACAAGGACAUGGUUUUGAUAUUUUCCAAUUGUGAGCAAUUCAAUGGUGAAAAGCCGAUCACAGAGAUGGCUCGAGGCAUCGAGCGACAUUAUCUCAAGCAAUGGGCAUAUAGUGAAAAAGAUGUGAUGGAGUCUUACAACGCCGCCUUGGCCUUGGGCUAUGAGCCUUUGCUGGAUUUGUGGGAAGAGUGGCGGCAUGAGUCACCCGUGUUGGAUUUGGAAACUUUUAUCCGUGCGAUACGCGUUACGGUAUAG